UACUAAUCCCAGGAGUAAUCCUUUACAAUUAUGAUCAACUCCGAUCGGGUGGCCAAUAGUUAAGGAUUCGGAUUUGGACUGGAGCAGGUUCGAAACCGGGUAGCAGCUGACUAUUUUCUGCUCACAAGGCUUGUCCUUGGGGGUCUCCGGGUAUAUAUAGCUGUGGUACCCAAGCUGUCCGGGCUUGGGGACAAGCCCGCUGUAGACGGGGAGAUAACUAAGCGCCCUGAACAACGGAAAAGUAGAACACCCGGAUAUGGGUACAAAAUAAGCACGAGGAAGUCCGUUUCUCACCUUAAAUUCAUUUCUAUUCCUACGCUAGUGUCAACAAACACAAUGCCUAAUAUGACAGUCGCUGAGCCCACUGGCCUCCCAACCAUUGCUGAGAUCGAAGCGGCAACUGACGUUCUCAGCAUGCCUGACAAUUCAGCCAAAGUUGUUCGGGUGAAGGAGCAUUUUGCCGUCAAAUUCGGCAAUGGUAUUCCACUCUCGGAGGCUGAAAACAUGAGAUUCCUUGCGGCCAACAGUAAAGUGCCGGUGCCGAAGGUUUACACGGCUUUUGUUGAUCCGGAGACCAAUCGGACUUUUAUCGUUAUGGAGUACGUCCACGGCGACAACCUUCAGAAAUUGCUGCCAUCUCUUACGCCCUCCCAGAAAACCAUCAUCUGCAAGCUCCUUAAGGACGCAAUGAUUGAUCUCCGAAACAUUCCACCUCCGGAUUAUCUGGGUACCUUGAAUCGCCAGCCUUAUCAUGAUGGUGUCUUCUGGACGAAAGAACAAAACCCGUUGAUCUCCGGCCCUUUUGCAAGCCAGAAGGAAAUGAAUCGUGGAAUUCUAGAAAGGUUGCGCCAGACAGAAUCGCCUCAGUACAUUCGAUUAUUGCAAACAAUGGUUGAUAGCACACUGCACGGCCACCGGACUGUUUUUACCCAUGGAGAUCUGCAACCGAAGAACAUUAUGGUCCAAGAAGUUGAAUCUCAUGAGGGUGGAAGCCCAAAGCUCAAAAUUACAAUCAUAGACUGCGAAAUUGCCGGCUGGUACCCUGAAUACUGGGAUUUCUGCAAUGCAACUAUCUCCUGCAGAUUUAAGCCUGACUGGCUUGCACUCAUUCCAGACAUUCUGGAUGAGUAUCUCGUGGAAUACCUCAUGAUGCAAGUUGUUUAUAGCACUGUAUUUUACUAAAGAGGAAUGAGAGACUGCAAACAAAACUAAUCAUUGUACUCCAACAAGCUAGCGACAAAUUCCCUCUCCGUACAUAAAUAAAAUAAAUCAAAUAAUCAGAGGCGGAGGUGCAAUUGAUCACAAGAAGGAGAUCCCCAA